AUGAUGCCAUGGCGAGCUUCAGCGCUGGGCCGAGCUUUCUGGCGACCGGUGGCAGCCCGAUGCUCCCGACGUUUGUCCAUCGGUGGUCAGCUUCGCCAGAAGUCUUUUGUGCAGGCCUCCUCCCCUGCACAAACUGACAUCAAGUGGGAUGCGCUGUCGGAUGCGGAUGUGGAGCUCUUCGAGUCUUUGCAGUCUGUUGUUGAGGCUCUCGGUGAUGAUGCAUCCGACCAUCCUGUGGUAGAGGUCAGAGACAAGUUGGCAGUUGCGUUUAGAGAUAAGGCGGCGCUUCUCAAGCGAAAUUGGACAGAUGAAAUGUUCCAAGAAGGCGAGCACCUCAAUGAAGAGAAGGUUGCGGAGAUAGAAGCUGCAAUGGCAGCCGACCUCGGCAACUUCAGUGGUGGAUUAUACAAUGGCCAGAAUUUGGGAAAUGCCUUGGACCUGGUUGGUGCAUACAUGAAGAACUACAAGCUGGACAAAGCCGAUGCUGUGUUGGCUAAAUGUGGCCCAUUCGUGGCACAGCGUGGGGGUGUUUGGAUGGUGAAAUGGCUCAAUCACGUAUCAACAGUUCGCAUGAAGCAGAGCCGACAUCUCGAAGCCUUGGAAAUGCUCUAUGAUCUGGAACUAUACAGUCCCUACAAUGCAGAUGAGGCGCCCGAAUUUUUCACGACCCUGUAUCGAAACCAGGCUUGGGCACUCAAGGCGAUGGGCAGGAUCGAAGAAGCGGCAAUCUAUUUUGGAAGGAUGGCAUCAGCUUCAAAAUGCUCCAAGGGAGACCUGGACUGGUUUGAUAAGUGGGACCUUGGCAAAGUAGCUGCAGCGAGAGCUUGGCGAGAUGGUGAUAUGAACGGUUUCUUUCGGGGACGAGCGUUGGUAGAGGAAGCGCUGGAGCUUCAAACUGUGCAAGAGCCAGACGAUCUUGUGAUGAGAGCCAAGGUGCAUGAUUCUUUGGCGGAAUGCUUCCUUAUUGUGAAGGAGUAUGCCAAAGCCGAUGAACAUUAUUCCGCUGCCUACAAUUUGCUGCUGCAGACUGUAGGUAGCCAAUCACCGCUUCAUGGCAAGCAAGCUCGGCAUAUGGCCAACCUGCGAAUCGCACAGGGACAGUAUGCGGAGGCCCUGCCAUACCUCAGCGAAGCUUUUCAAGUGGAGUGCAGCAAGGAUGCCGUGAACGUCUCUGAACUGCUGGAAUUGGUAGAUGUCAUCGUGAACGCCCAGCAGCAAUCAUCGUCAGAUACCGUCGCCAGCUUGCCCUCGAACCACUUCGCCAUGAGACGCUUGCAGCAGAACAUGAAGGCUCGUGCGCUCGAUGGCUCCAAGGAGUUCGCCGUGCUUUGCCACAAGAUGUCUUUGCUCUACCUCCAUGAGGGGCAUCGAGAUCCAAAUGCAUUGAGGAGAGCGCGGAGGCUGGCCAAGUCAGCAGCAACUCAGCUGCAAGGCAAUUUCAGCCUUUCCCGUGUGUUGAGUCAUUUGACCUCACACUUGACUCAGGUUCGGAUUCUUCGGUCGCAUCAAGGACGCGCUGUUAGCUCGUGA